UGCGGCCUCGUCGGGCUCCGCUCCCGCUCCCGUUCCCGGCCCCGUUCCCGACCCCGCUCCCGUUCCCGGCCCCGUUCCCGGCCCCGCUCCCGGCGCAGCCAUGGCGGACGUGACCGCCCGUAGCUUGCAGUACGAGUACAAGGCGAACUCCAACCUCGUGCUCCAAGCCGACCGCUCGCUGAUCGACCGCACGCGCCGCGACGAGCCCACGGGCGAGGUGCUGUCGCUGGUGGGGAAGCUGGAGGGGACACGCAUGGGGGACAAGGCCCAGAGGACCAAGCCCCAGAUGCAGGAGGAGAGAAGAGCCAAGAGGCGGAAGCGCGACGAGGACCGGCAAUUGGUUUCCGUGGAAAAGCUGCCCAAGUACGCCCAGGCCGGCUUCGAGGGCUUCAAAACCCUCAACAGGAUCCAGAGCAAACUGUUCCGGGCGGCGCUGGAGUCGGACGAGAACCUGCUGCUCUGCGCUCCCACGGGCGCGGGGAAGACGAACGUGGCGCUGAUGUGCAUGCUGCGGGAGAUCGGCAAGCACAUCAACAUGGACGGCACCAUCAACGUCGACGACUUCAAGAUCAUCUACAUCGCGCCCAUGCGCUCCCUGGUGCAGGAGAUGGUCGGCAGCUUCGGGAAGCGCCUGGCCAGCUACGGGAUCACGGUGGCCGAGCUGACCGGGGACCACCAGCUGUGCAAGGAGGAGAUCAGCGCCACGCAGAUCAUCGUCUGCACGCCCGAGAAGUGGGACAUCAUCACCCGCAAGGGCGGCGAGCGCACCUACACGCAGCUGGUGCGGCUGGUCAUCCUGGACGAGAUCCACCUGCUGCACGACGACCGGGGCCCGGUGCUGGAGGCGCUGGUGGCCAGGGCCAUCCGCAACAUGGAGCUGACGCAGGAGGACGUGCGCCUGGUGGGGCUGAGCGCCACGCUGCCCAACUACGAGGACGUGGCCACGUUCCUGCGCGUGGAGCCCGCGCGAGGCCUCUUCUACUUCGACAACAGUUUCCGGCCCGUGCCUCUGGAGCAGACCUACGUGGGGAUCACAGAGAAGAAAGCCAUCAAACGCUUCCAGAUCAUGAACGAGAUCGUCUACGAGAAGAUCAUGGAGCACGCCGGCAAGAACCAGGUGCUGGUGUUCGUGCACUCGCGGAAGGAGACCGGGAAGACGGCGCGGGCGAUCCGGGACAUGUGCCUGGAGAAGGACACGCUGGGGCUCUUCCUGCGCGAGGGGUCCGCCUCCACCGAGGUGCUGCGCACCGAGGCCGAGCAGUGCAAGAACCUGGAGCUGAAGGAUCUGCUGCCCUACGGCUUCGCCAUCCACCACGCCGGCAUGACGCGCGUCGACCGGACGCUGGUGGAGGAUCUCUUCGCCGACAAACACAUCCAGGUCCUGGUGUCCACGGCCACGCUGGCCUGGGGCGUGAACCUGCCGGCGCACACGGUGAUCAUCAAGGGCACGCAGGUGUACAGCCCGGAGAAGGGGCGCUGGACGGAGCUGGGGGCGCUGGACAUCCUCCAGAUGCUGGGCCGUGCCGGGAGGCCGCAGUACGACACGAAGGGAGAGGGAAUUCUCAUCACCUCCCACGGCGAGCUCCAGUACUACCUGUCGCUGCUCAACCAGCAGCUGCCCAUCGAGAGCCAGAUGGUGGCCAAGCUCCCGGACAUGCUCAACGCCGAGGCCGUGCUCGGAAACGUGCAGAACGCCAAGGACGCGGUGAACUGGCUGGGCUACACGUACCUGUACAUCCGCAUGCUGCGCUCGCCCGCGCUCUACGGCAUCGCCCACGAGCACCUGAAGGCCGACCCGCUCCUGGAGCAGCGGCGCCUGGACCUCGUGCACACGGCCGCGCUCACGCUCGACAAGAACAACCUGGUCAAGUACGACAAGAAAACCGGGAAUUUCCAGGUGACGGAGCUGGGCCGCAUCGCCAGCCAUUACUACAUCACCAACGAGACGGUGCAGACGUACAACCAGCUGCUGAAACCCACGCUGAGCGAGAUCGAGCUCUUCCGCGUCUUCUCGCUGUCCUCCGAGUUCCGCAACAUCACCGUGCGCGAGGAGGAGAAGCUGGAGCUGCAGAAGCUUCUGGAACGAGUCCCGAUCCCGGUGAAGGAGAGCAUCGAGGAGCCCAGUGCCAAGAUCAACGUGCUGCUCCAGGCCUUCAUCUCGCAGCUGAAGCUGGAGGGAUUCGCCCUCAUGGCCGACAUGGUCUACGUCACCCAGUCGGCCGGGAGGCUGAUGAGAGCCAUCUUCGAGAUCGUCCUGAACCGCGGCUGGGCGCAGCUCACCGACAAAACCCUCAACCUCUGCAAGAUGAUCGACAAGCGCAUGUGGCAGUCCAUGUGUCCCCUGCGCCAGUUCAAGAAGCUGCCCGAGGAGGUGGUGAAGAAGAUCGAGAAGAAGAAUUUCCCCUUCGAGCGCCUCUACGACCUCAACCACAACGAGAUCGGGGAGCUGAUCCGGAUGCCGAAAAUGGGGAAAACCAUCCAUAAAUACGUGCACCUGUUCCCCAAGCUGGAGCUGUCCGUGCACCUGCAGCCCAUCACGCGCUCCACGCUCAAGGUGGAGCUCACCAUCGCGCCCGACUUCCAGUGGGACGAGAAGGUUCACGGCUCCUCGGAGGCGUUCUGGAUCCUGGUGGAGGACGUGGACAGCGAGGUGAUCCUGCACCACGAGUAUUUCCUGCUCAAGGCCAAGUACGCGCAGGACGAGCACCUGGUGACGUUCUUCGUGCCCGUCUUCGAGCCGCUGCCGCCGCAGUACUUCAUCCGCGUGGUGUCGGACCGCUGGCUCUCCUGCGAGACGCAGCUCCCGGUGUCCUUCCGGCACCUGAUCCUGCCGGAGAAGUACCCUCCUCCCACGGAGCUGCUGGACCUGCAGCCGCUGCCGGUGUCGGCGCUGCGCAACAGCGCCUUCGAGAGCCUCUACCAGGACAAGUUCCCCUUCUUCAACCCCAUCCAGACCCAAGUGUUCAACACGGUGUACAACAGCGACGACAACGUCUUCGUGGGCGCGCCCACGGGCAGCGGCAAGACCAUCUGCGCCGAGUUCGCCAUCCUGCGCAUGCUCCUGCAGAACGCCGAGGGCCGCUGCGUCUACAUCACGCCCAUGGAGGCCCUGGCCGAGCAGGUUUUCAUGGAUUGGUACGAGAAAUUCCAGGAGCGCCUCAACAAGAAGGUGGUGCUCCUCACCGGGGAGACCAGCACGGACCUGAAGCUGCUGGGAAAAGGGAACAUCAUCAUCAGCACGCCGGAGAAGUGGGAUAUCCUGUCCCGCCGCUGGAAGCAGCGCAAGAACGUGCAGAACGUCAACCUGUUCAUCGUGGAUGAAGUGCACCUGAUCGGGGGCGAGAACGGGCCCGUGCUGGAGGUGAUCUGCUCGCGCAUGCGCUACAUCUCGUCGCAGAUCGAGCGGCCGAUCCGCAUCGUGGCGCUGAGCUCGUCGCUGUCCAACGCCAAGGACGUGGCGCACUGGCUGGGCUGCAGCGCCACCGCCACCUUCAACUUCCACCCCAACGUGCGCCCCGUGCCCCUGGAGCUGCACAUCCAGGGUUUCAACAUCAGCCACACGCAGACGCGGCUGCUGUCCAUGGCCAAGCCCGUGUACCACGCCGUGAUGAAGCACUCGCCCAAAAAACCCGUCCUGGUCUUCGUCCCGUCCCGCAAGCAGACGCGGCUCACGGCCAUCAACAUCCUGACCACCUGCGCCUCCGACGUCCAGCGCCACAGGUUCCUGCACUGCGCCGAGAAGGACCUGGUGCCGUACCUGGAGAAGCUGAGCGACCCCACGCUGAAGGAGACGCUGGUGAACGGGGUCGGGUACCUGCACGAGGGGCUGACGGCCAUGGAGCGGCGCGUGGUGGAGCAGCUCUUCAGCUCCGGAGCUGUCCAGGUGAUGGUGGCCUCGCGCAGCCUCUGCUGGGGCAUGAACAUCUCGGCCCACCUGGUGAUCAUCAUGGACACGCAGUACUACAACGGCAAGAUCCACGCGUACGUGGAUUACCCCAUCUACGACGUGCUGCAGAUGGUGGGCCACGCCAACCGCCCGCUGCAGGACGACGAGGGGCGCUGCGUCAUCAUGUGCCAGGGCUCCAAGAAGGAUUUCUUCAAGAAGUUCCUGUACGAGCCGCUGCCGGUGGAGUCGCACCUGGACCACUGCAUGCACGACCACUUCAACGCCGAGAUCGUCACCAAGACCAUCGAGAACAAGCAGGACGCCGUGGACUACCUGACCUGGACCUUCCUGUACCGCAGGAUGACCCAGAACCCCAACUACUACAACCUGCAAGGCGUGUCGCACCGGCACCUGUCGGAUCACCUGUCGGAGCUGGUGGAGCAGACGCUCAGCGACCUGGAGCAGUCCAAGUGCAUCAGCAUCGAGGACGAGAUGGACGUGGCGCCGCUCAACCUGGGCAUGAUCGCCGCCUACUACUACAUCAACUACACCACCAUCGAGCUGUUCAGCAUGUCGCUCAACGCCAAGACCAAGGUGCGGGGGCUGCUGGAGAUCAUCUCCAACGCCGCCGAGUACGAGAACAUCCCGAUCCGGCACCACGAGGACAACCUGCUCCGACAGCUGUCCCAGAAGGUGCCCCACAAGCUGACCAACCCCAAAUUCAACGACCCCCACGUCAAGACCAACCUGCUGCUGCAGGCACACCUGUCACGGAUGCAGCUGAGCGCCGAGCUGCAGUCGGACACCGAGGAGAUCCUGAGCAAGGCGAUCCGGCUGAUCCAGGCCUGUGUGGACGUGCUCUCCAGCAACGGCUGGCUCAGCCCGGCGCUGGCCGCCAUGGAGCUGGCCCAGAUGGUCACUCAGGCCAUGUGGUCCAAGGACUCGUACCUCAAACAGCUGCCGCACUUCACCUCCGAGCACAUCAAACGCUGCACGGACAAGGGCGUGGAGAGCGUCUUCGACAUCAUGGAGAUGGAGGACGAGGAGCGCACGGCGCUGCUGCAGCUGCCCGAGGCGCAGAUCGCCGACGUGGCGCGCUUCUGCAACCGCUACCCCAACAUCGAGCUGUCCUACGAGGUGGGGGACAGGGACAACAUCCGCAGCGGUGGCCCCGUGGUGGUGCUGGUGCAGCUGGAGCGGGAGGAGGAGGUCACCGGGCCGGUCAUCGCACCGCUGUUCCCACAGAAGCGGGAGGAGGGCUGGUGGGUGGUGAUCGGUGACUCCAAGUCCAACAGCCUCAUCUCCAUCAAACGCCUGACGCUGCAGCAGAAGGCCAAGGUGAAGCUGGAUUUCGUGGCGCCGGCGCCGGGCGCGCAGCACUACACGCUCUACUUCAUGAGCGACGCCUACAUGGGCUGCGACCAGGAGUACAAAUUCAGCGUGGACGUCAAAGAGGCCGAGAGCGACUCCGACUCCGACUGACGGACGCACGGAGUCCCACAAAUCCCACUCCCAAAAAUCCCAGUCCCAAAAAUCCUCGAGUCCAAAAAUCCCAGUCCCAAAAAUCCCAGAGUCCCAAAAAUCCCAGUCCCAGAAAUCCCAGAG